UUGCUCUCUGACUCAUUCUCAGGCUCUCCCACGCUCCAUCUGGCUCUGAGGAAAUCGGCCGCUGUGUCAUGAGCAGUCUGCAGAGCUUCCUAGUUAAGUAGCAGAGGAUUCUAGGGAGUUUCAGCAAGAACUGGAGCCCUUUACCACAGCAGCCAGAGCCUGGAAACCGGUAACAAUGCGCGGUUCACACCCACAAGUGGGUGGAGAGAUCCCGGACAGCCAACCAGCGACAGACGCACAUGGGCACCUGUUAUGAAAUUCAGACGGGCUGCCUGACGACGGGCUCCAGAUCUGAGGACGAUGGAGUCAGGCACGCGCACGCUGCUCCUGCUGCUGGUGGCCGCCCUGUCCCUGACCGGGACCCGCGUGGGCUCGCACUCGCUGCGGUAUUUCUACACCAUCGUGUCCCGGCCCGGCCUCGCGGAGCCCCGGUUCAUCAUUGUCGGCUACGUGGAUGACACGCAGUUCGUGCGCUACGACAGCGAUACGGAGACUCCGAGGAUGGAGCCGCUGGCGCCUUGGGUGGAGCUGGAGGGACCAGAGUAUUGGGAGAGGGAAACACAGAAAGCCAAGAUCACCCAGCAGACUUUCCGAAGGAACCUGAGGGCCCUGUCCAGCUACUACAACCAUAGCCAUGAAGGCUCUCACACCAUCCAGGUGAUAUCUGGCUGUGAUGUGGAUUCAAACGGACGCCUCCUCCGUGGAUAUGAACAAUUCGCCUAUGAUGGCCGCGAUUACAUCUCCCUGAACCAGGACCUGAGAACGUGGACAGCUGCGGACAGGGUGGCCCAGAUUACCCGGCUGGAGUUGGAGCAGGCUGGUGAGGCAGAGAUACAGGCCUACCUGGAGGGCGAGUGCAUAGAAAGGCUCUGCAGAUACCUGGAGAAUGGGACCACUAACCUGCGCGCAGUCCCACCAGAGACACAUGUGACCCAUCACCCCAGACCUGAAGGAAAUGCCACACUGAGAUGCUGGGCCCUGGGAUUCUACCCUGCUGAUAUCACCCUGACCUGGAAGAAGGAUGAGGAGGAACAGACACAGGACAUGGAGCUUGUGGAGACCAGGCCUGCAGGGGAUGGAACCUUCCAGAAGUGGGCAUCUCUGGUGGUGCCUUCUGGGGAUGAGCAGAGAUACACAUGCCAUGUGCAGCAUGAGGGUCUGCCUGAGCCCCUCACCCUGAGAUGGGAGCCUCCUCAGUCCACUGUCCUCAUCAUGGCAAUCAUUGCUGUUCUGCUUCUCCUUGGAGCUGUGAUCAUUGGAGCUGUGGUGGCUGUUGUGAGGAAGAGGAGGAGAAACACAGGUGGAAAAGGAGGAGACUAUGCUCCAUCUCCAGACAUGUACAGUUCCCAGAGCUCCGACUUGUCCCUGGAGAAUGGAAAAGGUGACACCCUGGUGUAGAUGUAACCAACCGUCUUAUUAAAUAAGAAACACAGAACCAAUGCAAAGAAGAAGGUCAAGAGAUCAGA